UCUUCCCCUACCUGGCUCCCUCCGCUGUCUCCUCCUGUUUGGCACGAGGAUGGAGCGGCGGCACCUCCUGCUCUCAGCGACUGUCCUGGUGGUCGUCCUCCUGGGCGCCUGCACCGCCGCCGCCGCCGCCGCCGAGAAAGCCGCCGCCGUCCCGUCGUCGUGCGACGCGUACAGGGGCAGCUGGGUUGUGGACGAGUCGUACCCGCUGUACGACGCGGCGAGCUGCCCCUUCGUCCGCACGGAGUUCGACUGCCGCCUCAAUGGCCGCCCCGACACGGCGUACCUCAAGUACCGGUGGCAGCCCAGCCCGCCAUGCUCCCUGCCAAGGUUCGACGGGCGGAAGUUGCUGAGCGCGUGGCGCGGGAAGACGGCGGCGUUCGUGGGCGACUCGCUGGUGGCGAACCAGUACGAGUCGCUGCUGUGCAUGCUCCACGCCGCCGCGCCCGGCGCCCGGACCAACGCGUCGUGGGCGUCCGGGGAGAACUCCUCCAUCACCGUCCGUUUCGAGGACUACGGUGUUACUCUGGUGUACUACUUGUCGCAUUACCUGGUGGACCUCGUCCGCGACAGAGCCGGGCGCACCGUCCUCAAGCUCGACACGGUGGACGGCGAAGGCCGCAAGUGGCUCGACGCCGACGUGCUCGUCUUUGGCUCGUGGCGCUGGUGGGCUCGCAAGAGGUCAGACUGGGACUACAUCCAGGAUGGCGACACGGUCCUGCAGGACAUCGACCGGACCCAGGCCUUCGCCAAGGGGCUCCAAGCCUGGGCUAGAUGGGUCGACGCCAACCUCCUCCAGACCACCACCAAAGUCUUCUUCCAGGGAUACUCUCCCAGUCACCUCCACGGCCAAGAGUGGGGGGCGCCGCCGGGGACGACGUGCACGGCGGAGACGCAGCCGGUGAGCGACGCCGCCGCGGCGUACCGCGGCCAGGCCCCCAACCCGCAGGACGCGAUCGUGAGGAGGGUCCUGGCGGGCAUGUCGAAGCCGGUGCACCUGCUGGACAUCGCCUUCAUGUCGCAGCUGAGGAAGGACGGGCACACCACCAAGUACAGCGGGGGCAGCGGCCCCGGCGCGGACUGCACCCACUGGUGCGUCGCCGGCGUCCCGGACUCCUGGAACACCCUCUUCUACUACUCGGUCCUCACUGCGGGGAACUCGUAACGGUCUUCAGCUAGGGCCCUGUUUGAUUCUCCCUAUCAUAGCAUAGCACACAAUUCCCGAGAAAAGAAUUUCACAUGCAUAGAGUAUUAAACGAAGUUUACUUGCAAAACCUUUUCACGGAUGGGUGUAACUUUUCACGACGAAUCUAAUGACAAUAAUUAAUCGAUGAUUGGCU